UUGAUCUGUUCUCUGUGGUUUUUAACGUCUUCACUUGUGAGAAGCAGCUCGUCUGUUGACUGACGAGCAGAUAAAAGAGGAAGAAGAAAGACUUGGUGAGCAGACGGACGUGGACCUGGACAUGGAUCUCCUGCUGCUGCUGCUGUGGAGUUCAGGCCUCGGAGGUGGAGGACGCCUCGCCUCAGCAGCUGCUCAGUGUGAAGCAGCCAAUGCUGACAUCGUGAUGUUGGUGGAUGAAUCUGGGAGUAUCUCACCACCAGACUUCUGGAAGAUGCUACAGUUUGUUGACGAUAUAAUCAAAAUCUUCAACAUUGGCCCUGACGCAGUGCAGAUUGGUCUGACUUUAUUCACUGACACUCAGAGGACCAUGUGGCAGCUGAACACCUACCAGACCAAACAGUCGUUGCUGAAGGCUGUCGACAGUCUGGAACAAAGAGGUGGCGGCACCAAGACAGGAUUGGCUCUGGAACACAUCCUCCACUACAGCUUUAAAUACAACAUGGGAAUGCGUCCAGACUCCAGAAAAAUUGUUGUUGUUUUAACUGAUGGAGAGUCCCAGGAUGAUGUAGAGGAGCCUGCUGAGCACCUGAGAGACACCGGCAUUGAGGUCUACGCUAUUGGUAUCCGGGGUGCCUCACACCUCCAGUUGUUGAACAUGACCACUGACCGAGCUCACAUCUACAUUCUGGAAGACUUCAGUUCCCUCAUAGAAAUUUUCAAUAAUUUCUCCAUCAGCCUCUGUAACAGCGCUACGAACCGAGACUCUGUGAGGCUCAUGAAUGGAACCAGUCUGUGUUCAGGCCGACUGGAGGUCAGAUCCAACCAGUUUAACCAGAGGUGGUCCUCGGUGUGUGAGGCUGACGUUGACCUGCAGGAUGCAGAGGUGGUCUGCAGGGAGCUCGGCUGUGGGGCUCCUUCGGUCCUCUGGGGGGCGCUCUAUGGAGAGGUGGAGGCUCCAUGGUGGAGCAGAGAGUUCCAGUGUGGAGGUCGUGAGUCUGCUCUGAUGGACUGUAGAAGCUCCGCCUCAGAUAGAAACACCUGCUCACCUGGCAGAGCUGCUGGACUCACCUGCUCAGAGCCGGUCAGGUUGGUGGGAGGAGCCAGUCGCUGUGCAGGUGUUCUGCAGGUGAAGCUGGUGGAGUGGAGGAUGGUGGAGUGGAGGAUGGUGGACGGCUCUGACUGGAGCCUGAAGGCAGCAGCUGCAGCCUGCACAGAGCUGCACUGUGGUUCUGCUGUUUUAACAGCAAGCAGCAACGAGUCCUCGGAGAGUCGAGGGUGGAGCGUCGACCGUCGGUGCGUUGAGGCCGGAUGGAGGCUGAGGGAGUGUUCCACGUCCACUCGGUCCUCCUCCACCGUGGAGCUCGUCUGCUCAGACCUGCUGGAGCAGCCGAUCAUCUUUGUGUCCUCCGUUGACGGGGUCUCCGAGGCCCAGCAGCAGGGCUUCCAGGUGUCCUGGCGCUCCAGCUUCACCCUCAGCUGCUCCAUCCAGCCUCAGUACCCAGGAGGCUCCUUCCAGCUCAGCUUCACCUCCUCCUCCAACGCCACACUCAGCCACACCCAGCCGGCCGUCAAUCACUCCGCCCACUUCCUGUUUCCUGCUGCAGGCCACGCCCACCAAGGCAGCUACACCUGCGUCUAUCACGUCCACGUGUUUUCUCACAACUUCUCCUCUGAGAGCUGCCGGCUGUCUCUGGUGGUCUCAGAUCCAACAGUGUUCUUCAUGAGACUGACGCUGCUGCUGCUCAGUCUGCUGAUCUUCACGUCUCUCAUCUGUUUCAGCCACAAGACCUCCAGGAAAUACAAGAGGAAUCCACAGGAGGACGUGGAGGUGGAGCAGCAGAUCUGAAGAAGAAGGAGGAUCCUCCAGGUGGAGCAGCAGAUCUGAAGAAGAAGGAGGAUCCUCCAGGUGGAGCAGCAGGCCAGAAGAAGAAGGAGGAUCCUCCAGGUGGAGCAGCAGAUCUGAAGAAGAAGGAGGAUCCUCCAGGUGGAGCAGCAGGCCAGAAGAAGAAGGAGGAUCCUCCAGGUGGAGCAGCAGGCCAGAAGAAGAAGGAGGAUCCUCCAGGUGGAGCAGCAGUGAUGGUCUGGAGGAACCCAUCAGCUGGUUGGAGUUUCAUGGAAUCUCUGGUUUCGUCCAGAGAUCUUCAGUUUACUGAAAAUAUUCACAUUUCAGAAGUUUAAAUGAGAAUUUAAGUGUUUCUGUUUAAAAUACUCUGAUCAUGGAUCAGAACAGUUCCUGUAAUAAUUGACGACUAAUUGAUUGAUUGUUCUACCUCCAGCUGGUGGAGAACGUUUUUAUUUUUACUGAUUUGUUCUUUUAUAAAGUUUCACUAUAAAAUUAUACGAUUAUUUACUGUAUUUAAAUCAGCAUCAAAAUCUAAAAAUGUUUUCUAGCA